GAACCUGCUGUGCAGGAAGUGUCUGAUGUGGGUGCAGAAGUCUCAGCAGAUAGCAGUGAAGUGAUAGACGUUGAUGCACUCUUUAUAGAUGAAGAUUUUGAACAACAAGCCAAGCGUUUUCGUCCCACAGGUACACAGACUCCCAAAUCCACCCCAAAAACCCCUCACAUGGGAAAAAGAAAAUCCUGGAGUGGCAAACCUUCUGCUUUGUUCUCCUCGCCUAAAGCACGUGGUUCUUCUGAAGGUACUAUGUCCACACCUCCGAGGCCUCCACUCUCUGAGAAACACUGGAACUGUGAGAGUUGUACCUACACCAAUAACGCUUUACUGCCUUACUGUGAGAUCUGCGAAAGUCCCAGGAGCAAGAAAUGCUCCAAAAAUGAAGCGGCUUUUGUAACCAGCGUUCGAGAGGAGAAGGAAAAUCAGAGCCAGAGUGAUGGGGAUAAUGAGCCUGUCGAGUGUGCUCAGCGGGAGUCGCCCCCCUCUCUGCCGAGCGACUUAAAGGGGGAUCAUUUACCAAACAUCCAAAACAAGAACUUGGAAGGCCACCCUGGGGAGAACUCAACAGCCACUGAACCA